GUCGGGUACUCAAAGACAGGCCGAUUAUGGUGCUAACGCGUAGCUGGUGUUUGAGCUUCAACAUUGCCCUGCAUGCUUAAUGGAAUCUAAUCCAAUCUCGAUAUGUGGACACGGUGAGUAGAUUUGGGUGCAUUUUGUUAUGACCUUGCAUGCGUAAUCCAGUGUAGAUGUGGUGCCGUCACUGCAGCGGCACAUCGUUCUUUCUUUCCAUUGCUUUCACACCACGCAAAUAGUAUUUCGCACGAUAUUUAUCCACUUAUCAUGGCGCAGCUCCAAGGACAAGAGCUUAGGCAGCAGCUUGCAAAGGACAAGAGCCACCAUCUCCCGAACGGACGGUUCAAGAACCCCUGGAACUCGUUCCAGCCAGCUUCAUGGCUGUCGUACGUGUCGUACCUUCUGUUCAGAAGGAGCACCAAGCUUGUCACGCAGUCCAUCGAAGAGGGCCGUGCGCCCGAAGUGCUCGUUCUCGAUACAGAUGCCUUGAGCAACCCGCCCAAAGACAAGAUUCAGUUUACCUGGCUGGGCCAGUCUUCGCUGUUUGUGCAGAUUGACGGCGCCAACAUUUUGUUCGACCCGGCUCUCUCUGAGCGCUGCUCGCCGGUGCAGUGGAUAGGGCCGAAGCGUAUCACCAAGGCUCCAUGCGCAGUUGCUGAACUGCCACGAAUCGACGCUGUUGUGCUUUCGCACGACCAUGUUGAUCAUCUGGACUGGAACACGCUUACCGAUGUGGUUGCAAAGUACCCAGAGAUCCAGAUUCUUGCGCCGCUUGGCAACGGUCCGAUUUUGAAGAGUAUCGGGUUCAAAAACAUCCGCCUAGCCGACUGGUGGGACGAGCUUGAGAUAGAGCUUGGUGCUGAAAACAAGUCGCUCACCUUUGCCUGCACGCCUGCACAGCACUCAUCUGGCCGAGGCUUUUUCGACAAGGACGCGUCGCUGUGGGCCUCUUGGGUCGUCCAAGGGUCUGGCAGGUUUUUCUUCUCUGGCGAUUCUGGAUACUCUGCAUCCAACAACAAUCCGACGGGUGCCAAGAACCCAGCAUUCGAGCAAAUUGGCAAGGUCUAUGGCCCUAUUGACUUGGCAGCAAUUGCGAUUGGUAUCUACAGCCCACCAGAGAUUCUAGACUCGUUGAACAUGCAGCCUGAGCAGUCGGUAAAGGUGCACGAGGAAAUCCGGUCGCGCCGUUCUAUUGGCGUGCACUGGGGCACUCUGGCGGUCACCGAGGAGCCAGUGGACGAGCCGCCGCAGAGGCUGGCAGCCGAGGUACUGGCGCGUGGGCAUCAGGCCGAGGACUUUGGUGUCAUCAGGAUUGGAGAGACUGUUCAGCAAGCGUGGAACUAAGUGCUAACGCGGAUUCAUCGGGUGAUGGCUUGGACACACCAUCCCUAUGCCUGGCUGGCUAUGAGCGCUCAACACAUCCGGGCGGCUUCCCUUGCUCCUGCCUCUUCCGUACUGCUUACGUAUUCAUAUUACAAUGCCUUCUGUUUUUUACAAGAACACUGCCUUCCGCAUACAUGCCAGAAGCCGGUGAUCACCGUCGGA